GUUGUUUUUUUAUAAUUUUUUUUUAUUUUUUUUUUCACUUUAAUUUAUUGUUCAAUAUAAUUACACAUAAUUUAUUUUUAAUUUAUAGUUAUUGUUUUAUAAUUUUAUUUUAAUAUUCUUUUUGUAAAUAAUACCAAAUAUUAAAUAUAGUUUUAAAUAAUAAUUUAGUUUCUUUUUGUUUUUUUUUUUAAAUAAUAUAUACACCUUAUUUUUUUAUAUUUUGUAUAACAAAUAAAUAGCACACACAUAUAAAUAUAAAUAUGGUUAGCAAAGAAGAUGUCGAAGAUGAUUUAUUAAAUGAAACAUCACCAAUUGCAUUAGAUGAAGGUGAUAUUGCACUUUUAAAAUCAUAUGGUGUUGGACCAUAUUCUAAAUCAAUUAAAAAUUUAGAAGAUGAUAUUAAAAAGAUGAUAUCUAAAGUAAAUGAAAUAUGUGGAAUUAAAGAAUCUGAUACAGGUAUUGGCCCACCAUCACAAUGGGAUUUAGUUGUUGAUAAAACUUCAGCACAUGAAGAGCCACCUUUACAAGUUGCAAGAUGUACCAAAAUUAUUGAUGUUGGUAAGCCAACUGCCAAAUAUAUUAUUACUGUUAAACAAAUCGCCAAAUUUGUUGUAGCUUUAGGUGAUAAGCUUUCUCCAACUGAUGUUGAAGAAGGUAUUCGUGUUGGUGUCGAUAGAAAUAAAUAUCAAAUUCAAAUUCCAUUACCACCAAAAAUUGAUGCAUCAGUUACAAUGAUGCAAGUAGAAGAAAAACCAGAUAUUACCUAUAAAGAUGUUGGUGGUUGUAAAGAACAAAUUGAAAAACUUAGAGAAGUCGUUGAAAUGCCAUUAUUACACCCAGAGAAAUUUGUAAAUUUAGGUAUUGAUCCACCAAAAGGUGUUUUAAUGUAUGGUCCACCAGGUACAGGUAAAACUUUAUGUGCUCGUGCUGUAGCUAAUCGUACCGAUGCCGCUUUUGUUCGUGUAAUUGGUUCUGAAUUAGUCCAAAAAUAUGUUGGUGAAGGUGCUCGUAUGGUCCGUGAUCUUUUCCAAAUGGCUCGUUCAAAGAAAGCUUGUAUUAUUUUCUUUGAUGAAGUUGAUGCAAUUGGUGGUGCUCGUUUUGAUGAUGGUGCUGGUGGUGAUAACGAAGUUCAACGUACUAUGUUAGAGUUAAUUAAUCAAUUGGAUGGUUUUGACCCACGUGGUAAUAUUAAAGUUUUAAUGGCAACCAAUCGUCCAGAUACAUUAGAUCCAGCCCUUCUUCGUCCAGGUCGUUUAGAUCGUAAAGUUGAAUUUGGUCUCCCAGAUUUAGAAGGUCGUGCCCAUAUUUUCACUAUCCACGCAAAGACAAUGAGCUGUGCUCGUGAUAUUCGUUUCGAAUUAUUAGCUCGUCUUUGUCCAAAUUCAACUGGUGCAGAUAUUAGAUCCGUUUGUACUGAAGCUGGUAUGUUUGCAAUUCGUGGACGUAGAAAGAUUGUUACAGAAAAAGAUUUCCUUGAAGCCAUUGAUAAAGUAAUCAAAUCAUAUGCAAAAUUCAGCGCAACUCCUAAAUAUAUGAUUUUCAAUUAAAUAGUUAUAGUAAUAAUAAUAAAAUAAUAAUAUUUAAAAAAAAAAAAAAAAAAGAACCUUGGCUUUGUUUCAAUUUUUGUAAAGGGUUUUAAUAAAGUUUUAUUUUUUCAUUUGUAAAAUC